ACAUAACGAGAGAAAAGACAAGCAUUCCAUUAUCUUACACUCCAACUACUGUAUUUUUAGAAGAAAAACGCGUGGGAAGGAAGCACAUGAUGUAAAAUGUAUGUCAAAAUUGGUUAAAAGCAAAAGAAGAAAUAAAUAAUAGAGGAAAUGAAACAUAGUGCCAACCUUACGUAAUCCAUAGUUGAAUUCAAAAUCUUCAAACUUCGUUUCUAACUUCACAACUCUUUCUUUCUUUCUUUCCUCGCAACACUACAAACUGCAAUCACAAUGAUAUAUACAACACAAAACAACAUUCGUUAUUAACAACAACAACAACCUUAAACUAUUCAUUCCCUCUACUCUUGUCUUGUUUUUGUAGAUAACUAUAGUUAUACAUAAUUCAUACAUAUAUAAACAUAAUUAGUAACCAUAAUUAUAGUUAAACCUUUAAUUAAACCAAGAUGAUGCGAAUUGUGGCGUUUAUCUUUAUACUCACUGCCGCGUUCUUAUCUACGGCGGUUAUAUCUGGAUCGCCGGCGACACUUACAUUAGAAAGAGCUUUUCCGACGAAUCACGGAAUUGAGUUGAAUCAGCUCAAAGCUAGAGACUUGUUAAGAAAUCGGAGAAUUUUACAGUCUUCAAACGGUGUUGUUGAUUUCGAUGUUCAUGGUACCUUUGAUCCCUUCCAAGUUGGGCUAUAUUUUACAAAGGUGCAGUUGGGUACUCCUCCAGUGGAAUUUUACGUGCAGAUUGACACCGGCAGUGAUGUUCUCUGGGUCAGUUGCAGCUCCUGCAGUGGUUGUCCACAGACAAGUGGAUUGCAGAUUGAGCUCAACUUUUUUGACCCCGGGCAUUCAUCAACAUCAUCUUUAAUCUCUUGUUCUGACCGAAGGUGCAGCAGCGGUAUACAAUCAUCAGAUGCAACCUGUUCCAGUCAGAACAAUCAGUGCUCUUACACUUUCCAGUAUGGAGAUGGUAGUGGAACAUCAGGCUAUUAUGUGUCAGAUACGAUGCAUUUGGAUACUAUUUUCGAAGGAUCCGUGACUACAAAUUCUUCAGCUCCAGUAGUGUUCGGUUGUAGUAACCAACAGAGUGGAGAUUUGACAAAAUCUGACAGAGCAGUCGAUGGUAUAUUUGGAUUUGGUCAACAGGAAAUGUCUGUGAUCUCUCAGCUUUCCUCACAAGGGAUUGCUCCUAGAGUAUUCUCACAUUGUCUUAGAGGAGAUAGCACUGGUGGAGGAGUAUUGGUUCUCGGUGAGAUCGUGGAACCUAACAUAGUUUAUACUCCACUUGUUCCAUCACAGCCUCAUUACAACUUAAAUCUACAGAGCAUCUCUGUCAAUGGCCAGGCAUUGCAAAUCGAUGCAUCAGUUUUUGCAACAUCAAACAACCGAGGUACCAUCGUUGAUUCUGGAACAACUUUGGCAUACCUUGCAGAAGAAGCUUAUGAUCCGUUUGUUAAUGCGAUUACUGCUACGAUACCACAAUCUGUACGCACUGUUGUUUCCAGGGGAAAUCAGUGCUUCUUAAUUACUAACAGUGUCACCGACAUUUUCCCUCAAGUGAGUCUGAACUUUGCUGGUGGUGCAUCACUGGAUUUAAGACCACAGGACUACCUUAUACAGCAGAAUUCUAUUGGUGGUGCAGCAGUGUGGUGUAUUGGCUUUCAGAAAAUCCAAGGUCAAGGGGUGACAAUUCUAGGAGAUCUUGUAUUAAAAGAUAAAAUUGUUGUUUAUGAUCUGGCCGGUCAACGAAUUGGAUGGGCUAACUAUGACUGUUCUUUGUCGGUUAAUGUCUCUGCAGCAAUUGGCACCGGCAGAAGUGAAUUUGUGAAUUCCGGAGAGAUAAGUGGAAGCACUUCUUUACAUGACGGACUUAAGUUGUCAAAGACAGGGUUUUUGGCUUUCUUUGUAACCUUGAUUUGCUGCUUUGUGUUUUUAUAGUAUUUAUUUAUGCAGUGAGAUAUAGAUAUAAUAUUCUUUUUCCUAUGUAUAUUCUAUUUCCACUGUAUAUUUGUGAUAAUUGGAGAGACCACAUAAUAUUUUCAACAUUGUUUGUGUUGUGCCUCAUUUCUGCACAAUAGGUUUUUCAGGUUUAGGUUUAGUUGAUUCUGUAGAAUCUAAGCAUUAGUUACUCAUCUGUUACUUUUCAUCAGUUUUGUAAAUUACUUCACAGGAUUAUUGAUUGAAUUGCUUAUACAAGUUAUAUAAUAUAGUUUUUUUUUUA